UUUUAAUCUAUAUAAACAUCAGAACAUGGUAACCUCACAUUCAUCAACUUUCACAGUCAGGAAAGAAAAUAAAGCUUUGAAGAUGGCGAUAAUUAGAAGAAAAGCUCCUCCUCAUCAGCUCUUUGCUUCCUUUACUGUCUUUGCAUUAGCCAUUUUCCUUGUUCUCUUCACAGAGAUGGUGUCAUCCUGGCUGAGUGUAUGUUCUCCCGGUGAUGAUUACAUUGAGAGAAAUUUCCAUCCUUUCCCUAAAGGCAGCUGUGGCCAGUGCACAAAUUGGUGUAAAAGUAAAUGUACUAGCAUUGAUCUGUUCAUGAUCCUAACUGAGUGUCGAGAAGUUAACCCUAAGACGGUGGAUUGUCAGUGUUGCUGCAGCAAAGUAGCACCGACGGGACCUCCUCCACCUCCAACGACAACGCCAUUUUCUCCGGGGGAUUGGGGUAACAUUUGUACUUCCGAACAAAAAUAUAUAUUGAUUCCACGUGCGCAAGCCAAAGAUUGUCCAUGGAAUCCUCAAUGUGAGACCAAAUGCAAGGAAGAAGGCAGAUCCAGUGUUAAUUCAGAGUGCUGGGGGGGCAGUAUUAAUAGAGACAAACCUGAAAGUAAAUAUGUUUGGUAUGAGGAGUGUUGUUGUGGAGAUGUUCUCCCACCACCACCACCACCUCCUACACCUUCAUUUCCACCUUCACCUCCUUCGCCACCUCCACCUUCCCCACCUCCUUCAUGUCCAUGCGCACCAAGAUGUGGAUGGGAAUGUGGAUGUGGCACAGAUAUCGAUAUUCAGAUAUCGAUAAAAUCAGGUAGUUAUGCCCAAGUAUAAAAAAUGUCAUCAUCGUCUCCAGCUGGUGUUAGCCUUUUGUAUUGAAAAUCAUCUCUUGACGGUGUGAGCUUUUUGUAAUGAAGUGUAUGACAUUUAGUAAUUACUUUAGUUAAUUUCCUACUUAAUCUGGUGUGGUGUUUUUCCUUCCCAAGAAAUUGCAGUCGAUUUGCUAUCAAUCCUUGUUUGUUUGUUAUUCUAAAAGGUGUAAUGGACUGGUCAUAUCAGUCAUUUGUUUGUUUGUUAUUCUACUCGAUUAAUAA